UGGACUUCCUGCUGUCUUCUUCUACUACAGGUCAUCUAAAGUGUAUGGACUUCCUGCUGUCUUCUUCUUCUACUACAGGUCAUCUAAAGUGUAUGGACUUCCUGCUAUCUUCUUCUACUACAGGUCAUCUAAAGUGUAGGACUUCCUGCUAUCUUCUUCUAUACAGGUCAUCUAAAGUGUAUGGAUAAUGCUGUCUUGCCAUUGACUGCAUUGUUGUUGUUCCCAACAGCAGGACAACAUGAGUGGCGAGAAGGAACAUUGUUGGAUGAAUAUGAACAGAGUUUUAUUUACUCUAACUAAGGAACACUAUCUUUACCUGUGUGAACGUUGUGGAAUUGAUGGCUCCCAAGUUAAAGGAAAGCACCAUCGCUCAUUGCGACGUAAAAUCDUGGAGGAAAUGUGGGWAAAUGCAGAYUCAGUCAAWUCGGAGGAGCAGGGAAUGUCUUGGUUACUCCGACUGAAAGAUGACAUCAGAAAGAUACAUGAAGAAUCUACUGUGGCACCCAUGAGUCCCAGCCAGUCUGAUGAUGACGACGAUGCUACAACCUGCGGCGAGGAAUGGGACAUGCAGGACAAGGAUUGGUUUCCUAGCAACGGGCUGGAGGCGGAGUCAUCUCCAGAGAGCCACACCCCAGAGCAGAGGGAGAGUGGUGACAAGCCUACUUCGCCACCUUCCUCCCUCCAGUCCUUGGGUUGUACCUCUCCCAGGAGCGCCUUAUUUCGGGGUCUGAAGAGGGCGUCUGUGUGGCUGGACGACUGCAGGAAAACACCCGGGCUGAGUGGAACUGUGAGAGGAGAUGAGGAGGGAGAUUUGACUGAUCAAAGAGAGAGACAUGACUAUCCUGGAUCCUCUGGGGCGCCUCAACAACAUCCUGAUGCUGACAAGGCAGAGAAAAGUCUCUCCAGAUCAGAACACCUCGAGAAACAUGAAUGGAGACCCACAGGGAUGAAACAUCACCGCUGCUCUGACUGUGGGAAGAGUUGCAAAUCUUCAUCAGMACUAAAAAAACACCAGAGAAUCCAUACAGGAGAGAAACCUUAUAGCUGUUCCCAGUGUAGGAAGAGUUUUKCUCAGUUACAAGAACUGAAAGUACACCAGAGAACACACACAGGAGAGAAGCCGUAUAACUGUGAUCAAUGUGGAAAGAGUUUUUGUUAUUCAAGCCAGUUUAAAGUACACCUGCAGAGACACACAGGUGAGAAGCCUUAUAGCUGUUCAGACUGUGGGAUAAGCGUUUGUACCUCAAGUCAGCUGUUAUUGCACAAGCGAACCCACACAGAAGAGAAGCCUUACAGCUGCUUACUGUGUGAGAAAAGAUUUUCGUCAAAAUAUAGUCUGAAAUUACACCAGCGGGUCCACACUGGAGAAACAAAUUAUGGCUGYGAUCAGUGUGAGGAGAGUUUCACCUCGUCGGCAGACCUCAGAACUCACCAGAGAAUCCACACKGGAGGGAAACCUCACCUCUGCUCCCAGUGCGGGAAGCGCUUCCGCCAACAAUCGGGAUUGAAAAGCCACGAGAGGAUUCACACAGGAGAGAAACCUUUCCAGUGCUCCCACUGUGGGAAGACAUUCAGCCACAGGGCCACGUUUAAAGCACACCAGCGGACUCACACUGGAGAGAAGCCUUACCAAUGCUCCCWGUGCAGGAGGAGUUUCUCCCAAAUGGGCCACCUGAAAGUACACCAACAGACGCAUGCUAAAGUGAGGUCUCACCUCUGCCCGCAGUGUGGUAAGGGCUACUACUCUCUAGACAUCUACAAUGCACACAUGAGAACACACAACGGGGAGAAGACUCACCACUGYGCCGACUGUCCCAAGAACUUCCUCACCCUGACUCAGCUCAAAACACACCAGCGGACACACACAGGAGAGAAACCGUACGUCUGUGACCAGUGUGGGAAGAGCUUUGCCGAAUCGGGAAGCCUGACUCUACACCAGCGAUCGCACACCGGGGAAAAACCGUACCCCUGCUCUGAGUGCGGGAAGAGCUUUGCUCGCUCCGGGGCACUGAAGAAGCACCAGCUUACACACACUGGGGAGAAGCCUUACAGCUGUGGUCAGUGUGGGAAGAGGUUUCCCAGGUCAGAUACUCUGGCUACACACAUGAGAACACAUACAGGAGAGAAGCCCUAUAGGUGUGAUCCAUGUGGGGGAGAUGGUUCUCCUAUCAUAGGUGCCUGGUGAAACACAUGAAAACACAUGUAGGAGAUACACCAGCCUCGAGCGACCAAUCACCCUAGCCUCGGGGUUGAAUGACCUAUCCAUCAACCAAUCACACCAGGCCUAGGGAAAUGUGAACGCAUGGUAGCAAUUGAAAGAAAAAAAAGUUGAGGACACAACAGUUCACCUGACACAAGACUGAAUCCAAAUAUUACUGUUGAUUGGUAUUUUCUGUACUUUAGGCCACAUUGAUAAACAUGUUACUGAACAGCCAUUGCGUUCCAAUUUCAACCUGUAUACUGGUAUCAGUGUAAUGGGUUAAUGGCAUAUAAUAAUAUUAUUAUUCUAUAUUGUUAUUAAUAGUGUUCGUUGCUGAGUGUUGUAACAUGGUGCCAAUUUCAAGGCCAUAUUUCUUGAAAUGA